AUGUCUUCACUGAUCGAGGUGGUGUCUACGAAAGCUUCCAAGGCUCCAGGAUGGGAAUAUGUUCCUGCUGCGCGCUUUGAUGCCCCUGCCAGCAGCCGCAGGGAGACUGGCGCAAGGAAACGAGCUGCCAGAGAGAUUGGCGGCGACACCAACAAAACGCGAUCAGACUUAAAUUCAAGGCAGCGAAAUGCUAUUGCUAAGCAUUUAGAAGCCCUCGAUAAAGAGAAUCAUACAGAGACAUCGAUUCCCAUACCACCGAGACGUCAGAGAGAACAUACGGUCAAAGGCGUGAGAAGCAAAACUUCCUCCAAUACUCGAAAGAUAAUCUCUUCAGGGAAACAGUUCAAAAACUACCUUGCGGCUGAAGAGCCUACUACCCUCGCGCUCUCUGCAUCCUCCGGGACAACUGCAACCACUCUAAGCCAGCGUUCGAACGCCCCUAAACAACCCGAACUCCCAGUCCCACAAGCAGAUACCAACGCUAAUCGCCCACUUCCUGAGACACGACAUCAACCCUCAGAUCUAAUUGUGUCCGAAUCUGACAAUGACCCGCUCUUACGAUCUUAUAUCCCGGCAGCACCCUCUGAGCGCAUAAUGAUGGCCCUCGUUUCGGAACCGCCUCUGUCUUAUCAUGCCUCCCGUGCCACGUUGCCCGCUAAUACUAAGCCCCCGAGACAUUUUUGCAGUAUAUGUGGUUAUUGGGGUAAGGUUAAAUGCAUCAAGUGCCAUGCAAGAAUCUGUGGACUGGAAUGCUCCAGGAUCCACCAAGAGACUAGAUGUGACCGAUUUUAUGCCUGA